UGUCCCAUGCCUGCCUGGGAAGCCCUGUUCCUGCUCUGGGCCACAGCAGAGGCCACCAAGGACUGCCCUAUCCCAUGCACCUGCCGCGCCCUGGAAACCAUGGGGCUGUGGGUGGACUGCAGGGGCCGCGGGCUCACGGCCCUGCCUGCCCUGCCAGCCCGCACCCGCCACCUCCUGCUGGCCAACAACAGCCUUCAGUCCGUGCCCCCGGGAGCCUUCGACCACCUGCCCCAGCUGCAGACCCUCGAUGUGACGCAGAACCCGUGGCACUGUGACUGCAGCCUCACCUAUCUGCGCCUCUGGCUGGAGGACCGCACACCCGAGGCCCUGCUGCAGGUCCGCUGCGCCAGCCCCAGCCUCGCUGCCCAUGGCCCGCUGGGCCAGCUGACAGGCUACCAGCUGGGCAGCUGCGGCUGGCAGCUGCAGGCGUCCUGGGUGCGCUCAGGGGUCUUGUGGGACGUGGCACUGGUCGCCGUGGCUGCGCUGGGCCUGGCUCUUCUGGCUGGCCUGCUGUGUGCCACCACUGAGGCCCUGGAUUGAGCCAGGCCCCCAGAACCCCUGGUCCCAGGCCAGGGGGCCAGUCCCUGAGGCAGGUCCCCAGACUCCACCAAGCCUGGUCAGCCCAAACCACUAGAAGCCCAAAAUAAACUGGCAGCUUGGCUGUUUUAUAUAAGCUCA